AUGGCCGCCGUUCAGUACGCAAAGGACCAGCCCGCGGGCUUCAAGAACAAGAUUGAGAAGGUCGCCAUCGUCGGCGCCGCCGGCUACAUCGGCAGCAACUUCACCCGCGAGCUGCUCAAGACCGGCAAGCACACCAUCACCGCCCUCACCCGCGCUGACAGCAAGAACGCCAUCCCCGACGGCGUCCAAAAGGUCGUUGUCGACUACGAUGACCACAGCAGCAUUGUCAAGGCCCUGACCGGCCAGGACUUUUUGAUCAUUACGCUCUCCGUGCGCGCGCCGCGCGACCUCAGCCUCAAGCUCGCCACCGCGGCCGCCGAGGCCGGCAUCCGGUGGAUCAUGCCCAACGCCUACGGUCCCAACCCCAACAGCCAGACCAUGUACGACGAGAUGGGCUUUGGCCAGUCGUACCGCGGCCUCAUGGCGAAGCUGCACGAGCUCAAGCUCAACCCCGUCGUCCUGACCUGUGGCUUCUGGUACGAGUUCAGUCUGGCGGGCGGUCUCAACCGCUACGGCUUCGACAUUGCCAACCGCAAGGUGACCCUCUUCGACAAGGGCGACGUCCAGGUCUACACGAGCACGCUGCCCCAGUGCGGCCGCGCCGCCGCGGCGCUGCUGAGCCUGCCCGUGCUGCCCGAGGACGCGUCGAGCGACGCCUCGGCGACGCUGUCGCACUACACCGAGCCGCAGCCCGCGUACAUUCGGUCGUUCCACGUCAGCCAAAACGACAUGUUGGCCAGCCUCAAGCGCGUGACGGGCACGACGGACGCCGACUGGACCAUCACGAGCGAGCCGAGCAAGGAGCGCUGGGCCAACGCGACCAAGGCGCUGCAGAGCGGCGGCGGCUUCCAGCUGGACGGCAAGACGCCCAUGUCGCCCUUGGAAGCCUUUGGCAUGGUCAUGUACACGCGCAUCUUCUUCCCCGGCGGCGACGGCCUGACGGACAAGGACAUUAAAAACGGCGCUCUGGGCCUGCCCGACGAGGACCUGGACGAGUGGACCAAGGAGGCCGUGCGCCUGGUCGAGACCAACGAGCUGGCAACCUAUGGCCAGUAG